AUGCUGUUUGAUCGCUUAAUUCACUUUAUCUUGCUGCAUGAGGAAUUUGUUAUUUUGUUAGAGAAGGGAGUUGUUCCUCAUACUCAACAUAUGCGAGGAUCCUAUUAUUGUUUUAUGAUUGUCUUUCCUGAUUGAGUAUAUGGACGAGCAAUACUAAUCUAUGUAGUAGGUUGCCAAAUGUCUUUUUCCAUUAAGUGCUUUACUUUAUGUGUAACAUCAAAGUCAUCUUUUGAUGGUAAGCUGUCUAAACCUCUUUUUGCAGAUUGACAAUCUAGGGAAGGGAGCUUAUGGUCAGGCUCUGCAAAAUCUCAAUGAGAUGAUAGGAUUACCUGGGAUUGUAGGGCUUAACUACCUACCAUUGUUUCCCUAAUGCAUUCUUGUGAGUGAGCGAGAUUAUGCAUGGAUUUUGUUCAAGAGAAAGCUUAUUAAAUUACAUUGGUUGUGUCUGAGCUGUAGCUUUUGUUUAUUGUUUCUGGUGACUUAUUUCACCUUUCCUCAUCUCUCUCUCUCUCUUCUAAAAUGUGGGUAUUGUUAACUUGUCAAAUAAACCUAUUUGAUCUUCGUGUCUAUCAUUCUUACAUUUGCUGAUGAAAUGUUUUUGCGCACAAGGCAUGGUCAAAUGUUCUUUUACAUGGACGUUUGGGCUUUGGCAAGGCACACAUUGUUGGUGCUGCAGCAGCAGCUUUUCUCUUCAAUCCAUAUCAGUGAAAGGGCUAAGCUGUUGAAUAUAUACAUUGGUACUUGUGAGCAAGCUUUUUUCAAUGAAUUAGAUGGUGUUGAAGUUUUAAUCGUUGUGUUUGUGUUAGCAGGGAUAAGGAUAACAGACUUACUUGAUGCUGCACCUCUGAGACCUGGCAGGCUCGAAGACUUCUGUUCUGUGAUUUUUCUUCUAUACAGGAGAGACUGGAUAUCCUUAAAGUUUUAUCAAGGAAGGUAGAAACUUAGCUUCCAUCCAUCUGCCAGUGCCUGCCUUUAGCGUUUCAUCUCUGACGUGGUCCGAAACAAGUUGUAGAGAUAGAAAAUUAUGACAUUACUUGUUAAAGAACUAUAUAUCUGCAAUCUUACUUUUCGAGAAGAUGCAUCAGAAAGAUUACAUACGAACAGAGAAUUGUUAAAAAAAAUAAAAAAGAGAGUUAGAAACAGAUUCAAUCUGAGUAGCUGAAGAUCCAGUUUAGAACAUACGGCAUCUGACACGGCACAUUUAGCAGAAAACAUUGUAAAAGGCAUUUUGGGUUGGAUCUACAACCCGCUCAGGUGAGGCUCAGGUAAGUUUAGAUGUCCAAUAGUGUAAAUCACUUCCAACCUUGGACCUUUAGACUGGUAGAUUUAACACCUAGUGAUGUGGCUCUGAAAAAAAAUGUAAAAGGCCUCUAUAGCUGAUUCCAUAAAACAGGACUCAAACUUACCAUUGGGUAUCAUUUAUAAUAACCUUUCUAAGACAUUGACUUCUCUCUUUUUUCUUUUUUUGGGAUUUAAUAAGGAAUGUAUUGGGUGGAUUCAUUUAAUUAUAUUACUCCAAUUCAGUAUAAUCAGGCAGUUAAAAUG